UAUCCGCUGUUUGGGGGGGCCUUCUCCGCCACUCUCCCCCCCGGGGCCAUCGACGUGAGCGAUCUCCGGCCGGUCCCGAACAAUCAGGAAGUCUUCUGCCACCGCGUGACGGACCAGAGCCUGAUCGUGGAACUUCUGGAGCAGCAGGCCCACGUGCAGGGAGAGGAGGCUGCGCGAUACCACUUUGAGGACAUUUGCGGGGCGCAGGAGGCUAGGGCUGUGCAAGUGGAAACUGUGCAGCCCCUCUUUUUGGAGAACCUGGCCCUGAGGGGCUGCUGUCAAGAAGCCUGGGUCCUCUCUGGCAAGCAGCAGGUGGCUAAGGAAAACCAGCAGGUAGCAAAGGACGUGACGGUGCACCAGGCCUUGCUGCGGCUGCCCCAGCACCAGACUGAUGUCCUGCUCACCUUCAGUCAGCCCCCCCCUGACAACAGGCCAUUUCUUAGCCCUGAAAAUCUGUCACUUCUGCCCUGGAGCCUGGGUGACUUUGAACAGCUGGUGACCAGUCUGACCCUUCACGAUCCCGGCAUCUUUGGUCCCCAGUAA